GCUCGCGAAAUGCAGGUUGAGCACACAUGCAGUAGAAAAAUAGCUAGAGCAGAUCCUCAUCCUGCCAACCAAUAAACUGCCCACCAAAACCAUGCUCCAUAGAUGCGUGCAACCAAACAAGAGAGGUAUGCUCACAGCCUGGCCCAGGGCAGCCUGACUCGCUAGGGCCAUGCAGGCACAGACCAUCCGGUUAACCAAUCAGCCCCUUAACGAUCGGACCGAUUUGAUCCUAAUAACUAUGGGUAGGACUUAGGUAGACGCGGCACAAUAGAAAACCAUGAAUUUCAAACAUUGAGCAGAACAGAUCCUCUGCAGUUUAAAGAUAAACUUUAAGCCAUCGGAUUAAAAUCCAGAGGUUCGGAGAGAUGUACUGAACUUUUCCUUUUUUUCCCCUUCACCAACAAAUUACCCAUUAGACAGAGACGGAGAAAGAAAAAGAAGAGGGAAGAAACAAAAAUUCCUUCAGGAUAACAGGAAAAACGACCACCUCACCUCAGCUUCGAUCUCUCUCCGCAAUGGCGGCCGCCACAGCAGCCGCGGCCGCAGCUCUCCGGCCCCAUAUCACCCUCCUCUCCGGCGGCGGCGGCCCAAUCCCCAGCACAACCCUUCAAAUCCAGCCCUCUGUUUCUCCCCUUCCCUUUGGCCGUCGUGGACGCAUCGUACUCGUCCCCAACGCCUCGUCGUCCCCGUCUUCCCCACCGACGCCGGAGAAGGAGGCGGUGGCCGAGGCGGUUCCGUUACCUACCGCGGAAUCCUGCGUCAACCUCGGCCUCGAGCUCUUAUCCAAGGGCAGGGUGAGGGAUGCUCUUGAGCAAUUUGAGAAUGCCUUGGAGCUGAAUCCGACACCUAUUGAAGCCCAGGCAGCCCUGUAUAACAAGGCCUGCUGCCAUGCUUAUAGAGAAGAAAGCAAAAAGGCCGCAGAAUGUUUAAGGACAGCUUUGCGGGACUACAAUCUCAAAUUUGGUACCAUACUUAAUGAUCCAGACUUGGCGCCAUUCAGAGCAUCGCCAGAAUUUAAGGAACUUCAAGAAGAGGCUUUACGUGGCGGAGAAGAUAUUGGUUCUGGGUUCCGAAGAGACCUGAAACUCAUUAGUGAAGUACAAGCACCAUUCCGUGGUGUCCGAAGAUUCUUCUAUGUAGCUUUAACAGCAGCAGCAGGAAUUUCAACAUUCUUUACCAUUCCUCGACUUAUACUAGCAGUUCAAGGAGGUGAUGGUGCUCCUGAUCUUCUAGAAACUGCUGGGAAUGCUGCCAUCAAUAUUGGAGGUAUUGUUGUGCUUGUGGCUUUGUACUUCUGGGAAAACAAGAAAGAAGAGAAGCAAAUCACACAAAUUUCUCGUAAUGAAACCCUUUCGAGAUUACCUGUGCGCCUGUCAACUAAUCGCAUUAUUGAGCUUGUUCAACUCCGGGACAUUACUAGGCCAGUCAUAUUGGCAGGUUCAAAAGCAUCUGUUACUCGAGCCAUGCAAAGAGCUGAGAGGUACCGGACUGAACUGCUCAAACGAGGUGUUCUUCUUAUUCCAGUGAUAUUUGGCGCUUCUCAGAAAGACCAAACCAAACCAAGGGGUUUCGGUACAAGAAGAGCUGCUGCAUCAGCUCCUUCAGUUGGGGGUGACUUUGAAAAACGUACUGAAUCUAUUGCAGCAAAGUCACGUUUGAAAGCUGAAGUUCGGUUUAAGGCAGAUAUUGUCUCUCCUGAACAGUGGGAAAGUUGGAUACGUGACCAGCAAGAGUCUGAAGGCGUCACUCCUGGUGAAGAUGUCUACAUAAUCCUUCGUCUGGAUGGCCGUGUCAGAAGAUCUGGAAUAGGUAUGCCAAACUGGAACGACAUAUUACAAGAACUGCCACGACUUGAAGAUCUUAUGAGCAAACUUGAACGGUGAAAAAGGUUUUUACCUCUGAUGUCAGUAACAAACAGUUUAUUGGUAGAGAUACAUGAAUAUUGUUUAUGGUAAAUCGAUUGGAUGAGUGGUCGCCAAUGGGUUGAAUAUAUUCUGUUCCUGGAACUUCAGUGCAGAUUGUCACUUCUCACAAACCAACUAAUCUAUGUAGAGAGGAACCAAUCCAAUCUAUCCAAAUUAUAAAAUUUCACGGAUUGCUCGUGAUGCCCAAUUUGUGUA